UUUUCAGGCAACUAACAAGUCAUGCUGAAUAUGUUACAUUUUUCAAAUAAUCGGCGGCAAUCACAUCGACAAAGUGUGUUCGAUUUGGAUAAAUGCGCAUUUGAUGGCAAUUCAUCGUCAAAUAAAGACUCAGCACUCUCCCUGGACUCCUCCCUAGGAAGCUUACCAUCUAGUUCAUCUCUCUCUAGCCAUGAAGUCACCUCGUAUAAUGCAAGAUGUCUGCGAAAUCUAAAACGGAGUGGAGUACGGAUAACCCCUGAAGAUGUCUACGAACUCCGACGUGAGCUACAAGCUGACUACGCAGCACAACGCACUACAGCAGAACGGAAACGAUGCUUGAAAGAAGCUUGCGCGACAUUACUGGAACUACGAAGCGAACUGUUGGAAGAGCCCAGACGAGAUGACGAAUCCAUGGCAUUUUACGUUUUCGAAUACCAAGCAUUUCUCUGCUGGAUCUACUCAACAAUCCGAUUUGCUGGUUUCACAAGCGAAAUGGAGCGACACUUCCGCGAUAUGAAGGAAAAUCACCGCAUUCUUUUAUCUGCACUGCCUCCACGAGGUGAACCAUUUCUACUGGCCGUAUUGCGUUUUUCACAAAUUUGUAUCGAAUACGCAGCAAUGUGCGAUGACGAAGCACUACAAUGGUGUCGAUUAGCCUAUGCGAGAAACAUUUCUCGCAAGAAGUCUCUAUCUUCGAACACCAUUCGAAGCACAUCAUCGUUGAGUUCAUCGUCUUCAUCAUCCGACGUUGACGAUAUUCUCGCCAGACGAGACUCAGAACGUGUUACAAGCAUGUUACAAGAUCUUCGUAACAAUAUCUCUGAAAUCGAACUCUUAAUGGCACUAAGUAUUGGAGGUUCUACAGCUGAAAAACUUGUUCAUUAGUGUGUUCACUAUUCGUAUUCGUAUAUACAUGACUUAAGGAUGAGGUGCUAGUUAGUGUAUACGACUACAUGUACAGUUUGUAUCCUAGUCUUCUAAUUAUUGCCCAUAUGUUUCGGGUUGUGCUUAUCGUUAUCGAUCGAUUGCAUAUACAUUUAUGGAUAAAGAUUACGAGAAUAAU